AAAAAGAUUAAUUUCAAAGAAAUAAAUUGAAUAAUGAUUAAUUAAAAAAGAAACAGUUUUCUCCUUUUCUUUACAAAUAUUGAAUUUUUUCACUAACACCAAAAAUAAAUAUAAGUACUCUACAUAUCUUAAAUUUAAUUUCUUUAAUUUUUUCUCAACUGGGGAAGGAGUUUCAGCAAUUGGGUCAUCUCCAAAACCUUUAAUUUCAGUUAAAAAAUGGUUCUUUGAAAGUUGUAAUUGCGCAUGUUAUGGAUCUGGAAAGUGGAACUCGUCGAAACACUAAGAACGAUUCAUGGAAAACAGUUCUGACUUUAGCAUACCAAAGCCUUGGAGUUGUUUAUGGAGAUUUAAGCAUUUCACCUUUAUAUGUAUUUAGAAGCACUUUUGGUGAAGGAAUUGGACACAGUGAAACAAACGAAGAGAUUUAUGGUGUUUUGUCUUUGGUGUUUUGGUCAGUUACAUUAGUACCUUUGUUUAAAUACGUUUUCAUAGUGUUAAAAGCUGAUGAUAAUGGUGAAGGUGGUACUUUUGCUCUUUACUCUUUGUUGUGUCGACAUGCUAAAGUCAAUUCUCUUCCUAAUUGUCAACUUGCUGAUGAAGAACUCUAUGAGUAUAAGAAUGAUGCUUAUGCUUUCACACAUGAUAAUAAUAAAAGCUUUGCUUUUAAGCUUAAGGCUACACUUGAGAAACGCGAGGUUUUGCAGAAGGUUUUGCUUGUUCUUGCUUUGAUUGGAACUUGUAUGGUUAUUGGUGAUGGUGUUAUUACACCUGCUCUUUCAGUUUUCUCAGCAGUAUCUGGAUUAGAGCUUUCAAUGUCCAAGGAGCAUCAUGCAUAUGUAGAACUUCCAGCUGCGUGCAUCAUAUUGAUAGGGUUGUUCGGGCUGCAACAUUUUGGCACACAUAGGGUUGGCUUCUUGUUUGCUCCGAUAGUCAUUAUAUGGCUAUUUUGCAUCAGUGCCAUUGGAGUUUAUAAUAUAUUCUACUGGAACCCUCAGAUAUACCAUGCACUCUCUCCAUUUCAUGCUUUUCGGUUUAUAAAGAAAACUCAGACCGGAGGUUGGAUGUCCCUCGGUGGAAUUUUGCUGUCGAUAACAGGAUCAGAAGCCAUGUUUGCUGAUCUUGGUCACUUCUCACAAUUAUCAAUCCAGAUUGCUUUCACUUCUGUAGUUUAUCCAUCUUUAAUUCUAGCAUAUAUGGGGCAAGCUGCUUAUCUAUCAAGACAUCAUGAAAUUGAGCACAUGUAUCAGCUCGGGUUUUAUGUAUCUGUUCCAGAGAAAUUGAGAUGGCCUGUUCUUGUGAUAGCCGUAUUCGCUGCGGUCGUGGGAAGCCAAGCCAUCAUAACUGGAUCAUUCUCAAUUAUCAAGCAAUGUUCUGCAUUAAAUUGCUUCCCACGAGUUAAAGUGGUUCAUACAUCAUCAAAAAUUCAUGGACAGAUAUAUAUCCCCGAGAUCAAUUGGUUAUUGAUGAUCUUAUGUUUGGCUGUUACGAUUGGUUUCAGAAACACGCAGCAUCUCGGUCAUGCCUCAGGAUUGGCAGUUAUCACAGUGAUGCUGGUCACCACAUGUUUGAUGUCACUGGUUAUUGUACUAUGCUGGCGCCGGAACGUUUUCUUUGCACUCAUGUUUGUUUUCUUUUUUGGCACCAUUGAGGCUAUCUUCUUCUCCGCUUCUCUUACCAAGUUCCUACAAGGAGCAUGGGUGCCGAUUGUGUUGGCAUUUGUAUUCAUGACUGUCAUGUAUGUAUGGCACUAUGGCACACUCAGAAAGUAUGAAUUUGAUGUUCAAAAUAAGGUGUCCAUCAACUGGCUACUCGGCAUAGGUCCCAGCAUAGGUAUCGUGCGAGUGCGUGGGGUCGGCCUUAUACAUACAGACCUAGUAUCCGGAAUUCCCGUUAUCUUCUCGCACUUCGUGACCAACCUGCCAGCCUUCCAUCAGGUCCUAAUCUUUCUCUGCAUCAAACACGUGCCAGUUCCACACGUUAGACCCGAGGAAAGGUUUCUAGUUGGUCGGGUAGGUCCGAGAAAUUUCAGACUCUAUCGAUGCAUAGUGCGGUACGGAUACCGCGACGUCCACAAAGACGAUGUGGAGUUUGAGAACGAUCUUUUAUGCAGCAUAGCCGAGUUCAUACGGACAGGAAGCAUCAGAUUAUCUACAUCCGAGGAGCUUGAGAAAAACGACAAAAUGACGGUCGUUGGGACAUACUCUACACAUACCAUUUUGAGAAGCAGAGAUGAUGUGGAUAACAAUGUCAAUAAUGUCGACUCGGAAGAUGCGUCAGAGCUUAAGGAGAUAAAGUCUCCUCAGGUGAUUCAACCGAAGAAAAAGGUGAGGUUUUUGGUACCGGACAGCCCGAAGAUCGACGUAGAUGCACAGGAAGAGUUAGAGGAAGUAAUGGAAGCUAGAGAAGCUGGCAUAGCUUAUAUUAUAGGACAUUCAUACAUGAAAGCUAAACCAGGUUCUAGUACUAUAAAGAAAAUAGCUAUAAAUUGUGUGUAUGAAUUUCUAAGGAGGAAUAGUAGGACACCCUCCUUUGUACAUGGUGUACCUCAUGCAUCAUCUCUAGAAGUUGGGAUGAUGUAUCAAGUUUAAUUUUUGGUUUUAACAAAAGAUUAGAAUUAUCAUGUACAUAUUGUUUUGUUAUAUAGAAUAGUCAAAAAGCCACCACCUACCAAAUGGUGAUAGAUAAAUAGAGUACAAGUUUUUGUUAGUUUUGUUCCCUUUGUAUUUCUCACAUUUCUUCAUUACAUAUCCUCUUUGUACCUUCUUUUU